GUUUUUCCUUUCAAUAAAUUCUUUUUUUUUUUUCUUUCUUCUUUGUUUUGAGGGGGAAAAGUAGAUAUUGUUAAUAAAUUUUUAUUGUUUCCUGUGUAUUUGAAUCUCUUUCUUCAUGGGUAAUUUAAGAAAGCUUUCUUUGACCAUUAUCGUUGCAUGGUUUACUCUAUUUCAAGGACUUUUGGUUUCUGUUAAUGGUCAUUUUAAUUACAAGGAAGCCCUGAGUAAGUGCAUUAUUUUCCUAGAAGCACAAAGAUCAGGAAAAUUACCACCAAAUAAUAGAGUUCCUUGGAGAGGAGAUUCUGCCCUGGACGACGGUAAACUUGCAAAUGUAGACCUUGCAGGGGGAUAUUAUGACGCAGGAGACAAUGUGAAAUAUGGAUUGCCAAUGGCUUUUACAAUAACAACCCUAGCAUGGGGUGCUAUUGCUUAUCAUAAAGAGUUAGAAUCAGCCGGUGAACUGGAAAAUGUUAGAGCCGGUGUGCAAUGGGGUACAGAUUAUUUCCUAAAAGCUUCUUGUAAACGCAACCGUUUAUAUGUGCAGGUGGGAGACCCGGAAAAGGAUCAUCAAUGUUGGGUUAGACCAGAAAAUAUGAAGACACCAAGGACUGUUUUACAAAUUGACGAUCAUUGUCCUGGAACAGAAAUUGCAGCAGAAACUGCAGCUGCUAUGGCUGCUGCUUCUAUGGUUUUUAGACCUGUAAAUCGUACUUAUUCCCGUUGUCUCCUCAACAAGGCCAAAUCGCUUUUCAAAUUUGCUAAAUCACAUAAAGGAACCUAUGAUGGAGAAUGCCCCUUCUAUUGCUCUUUCUCCGGCUACAAUGAUGAGCUAAUGUGGGCAGCAACUUGGCUAUAUAUGGCUAGCAAGAAAGACGAGUAUUUGCGCUAUGUUUUGGAUGAAUCUAUUAAUGCUAAUGUUGCUGAGUUUAGCUGGGACCUUAAAUAUGCUGGAGCACAAAUUCUACUCUCUAAGUUCUUCUUUCAAGGAGAGGGAGGUUUAGCCGCUCAAAAAAAUGGAGCUGACAGUUUUGUAUGUUCAGUUCUUCCCGAUAGCCCUUACCAUCAAAUAUAUAUGACCCCAGGUGGUGUUCUUCACUUGCGAGAUGGAGCCAACACUCAAUAUGUUACUGCUACUGCUAUGUUGCUAAGUGUCUACAGUGACUACCUCAAACACUUCGAUCAAAAGGUCUGUUGCGGAGACAGGCAAAUUGACCACACCUGCCUUAUGAACUUUGCCAAGAAACAGAUGGAUUACUUGCUAGGGGACAACCCACAAAAAAGAUCGUACAUGGUCGGGUUUGGACACAAUCCACCAACAGAACCACACCAUAGAGGAGCUUCAGUUCCAAUGUGUGACGCAAAUCUUGAAGUGCCUUGCCCUAUGAGUUUUGUGAACUGGUUCAAUAAACCUGGGCCAAACCCUAAUGAGCUAACCGGAGCCUUUGUUGGUGGACCGGACAAACAUGACGGCUUCGUCGACAAACGGUCAAGUUCAACGUAUACUGAACCAUGUACUUACGUUAAUUCUAUUGCUGUUGGAGUUCUGGCAAAGCUGGCAGCGCAUCAUGCCUAAAAUGCGGCUCCUCCAAUUUAUUUCAUCUUGGGUAUGAAAAUUGUUGGAGUUAAUUAUGUGUAUAUCAUUUCAAUUCUUUGGUGUAGAAGGUUAAGGGAAUUUUUGCAAGCAAAAUGCAAAAUUAUUUUAUUUAUGGUGUAUCCAAAACGAUUUAAAUGGAUUUUGCUUGCUUCAUCAAAUGUGCUAAUCUUCAUUUUAUUUAAUAUCGCACUAUUUUUUUA